AUGGAGAGCGUCUCUUCUUCCCCUUCACCCUUCCCUGCCGGUUCCCCCACCGUGCAGUCAGAGAAUGCCACUGCCCAAGACUACUCGGGCCUCCAGAAGAGCAUGCACGUCCUCUCCAUGGUGGUGUACAGCAUCGCCUGUUUGCUGGGGGUGACAGGAAACGGCCUCGUCAUCUGGAUUGCAGGCUUCAAGAUGAAGAAGACGGUGAACUCCGUCUGGUUCCUCAACCUGGCCAUUGCCGACUUCAUCUUCACCUUUUUCCUGCCCCUCAGCAUCGCCUAUACCGCCCUGGGCUUCCACUGGCCGUUUGGGAAGCUCCUGUGCAAGCUGAACAGCACCAUCGCCUUCCUCAACAUGUUUGCCAGCGUCUUCCUCCUGACGGUCAUCAGCAUGGACCGCUGCGUUUCUGUGGCCUUUCCCGUCUGGUCCCACAACCGCAGGAGUCCGGAGCUGGCGGCCAGAAUCGCGCUGGGGACGUGGGUCGUGGCUCUGCUCCUCAGCUCCCCGUACCUCGUUUUUCGGGACACCGUGGUCAGCUCCAGGAACAUCACCAGCUGCUAUAAUAAUUUUGCGCUGUCCGACGACUACACGUCCGAGGCGACGCGGAGGCUGUGGAGGAUGCGGCAUAAAGUGAUGAUCGUAACGCGAUUUUUAUGCGGGUUCCUCAUCCCUUUCACGGUCAUUCUCAUCUGCUACAGCAUCGUCGCUGUCAAGCUGAAAAGGCGGCAGUUAGCCAACUCUGCGAAGCCGUACAGAAUCAUCAUUGCCGUCACCGUCUCGUUUUUCCUCUGUUAUUUCCCCUAUCACGUCUUCUCCUUGCUGGAAAUAUCCAAAAACUCUUCCAGUCACGAGAUGAAAAUGGCCCUUUACAUAGGGAUCCCCUUGGUUUCCAGCCUUGCUUUCUUCAACAGCUGCAUCAACCCCAUCCUGUACGUCUUUGCGGGGCCGGAUUUCAAGGAGAAGUUUCGCCAGUCCAUCCUGUCAACCUUCGAAGGGGCCUUCAGCGAGGAGUCGGUGCUGGGCAGCCUGACCAGCAGGCGAAAGUCCAGGUCUGCUUCGGAAGCGGAGGUCCCCAGGGCCUGA